UCAACAACAUGGCAGCUCUGGCAGAGUUGUUCACCUUGGAUACCUUUCCGUCUCAAUACCAUCCUCUUCACGUUCUUCUUACAAAGUCACAAUUUACGCAAGUAUUCCCGAACAGAAAUGAUGCCACUUGUGUCUUGCUGUCUGCUCGGAGACGUCAGGAUCCAACUGGGGCUGAGUUAUUCCUUUGCGCACACGUAACAACAGAGGAAGAAAUAUUGCAGGGCGAAACCCCUGUCAAAAGUGAUUCAUUUGUUAACAUGUACACAAGCAAGAUUUUUUGUAGACAUUAUGGCUUCCAGACUCGGGAAAACGUAAAAUUACGUGUGGUGAAGCCGAUAGCGCUGAGUAAAAUUGCCAUUGGCGCUAGAAGCAGGCAGAGUUUCCAAUGGGCCAGCUCUGAGAAGUUUUCCAAUGGGCUGCUCAUACGCGCUUCGUGUCAAAAGGAAAACCUCCUGGCAAGACAAGGGGAUGUGUUGGCAGUUCCUUACCAUCCACUGUUUGGCGAAGACGCUGGCCAGGUCAACCAUUAUCUGCUUGACUUGGUUAUAUUAGAGUGCACACCUGUAAUGCAGGGAGUUAUUACAGUAAAUACUCGCGUAGUGGUCGCAGAUUUUAGAGAGAUGGCCCAGAACCCUGCUGCUGUGGAAGGUUCACAUCAUGGACACAGAGUUCUGCAGUCGCUGUAUGUUUCUGAUUUUGCGCACUAUGUCAAUAGCCUAAGCGGUGGCAGUUCAUUGCUGGACAGCAGGAAAUUUUUGAGUGCAGACUUUUCUAGUUUUCUGCAAGCGCUGGAAUGCAGGUUUGAUAUUCGAGUGGUAGAUAUAUCUAGCUUGAUAAAGCAGGGGAAAAUUAAACUGAAAGAGCAGUGUGGUCCAGCAAGGGACCUCGACACGUGCCUCUUCCUGAGCAAAAAUUCGCUCCUUAAACUGGGUCUAUUCAACCAGGAAUGGGUUACUGUUUCUGCUUUGAACGCCCCUUCCGAUAAAAUCAGAACCGUAAAUAGAAAUGAACGUUUACAAGAACUGGGUAGAUCGGAUGACAAAGCGGAUCAUGACGAUGCUGGAAAGAACAGAUGCGGGCAUCUCGCUUCAGUGGUUGUUGCAGAUUUCAUUAGGUCUGCAGACCCGGAUCUACCCGACAACGUGGGUCUUGUCUCACCUUCUUUAUGGUUCAACCUUUCCAAGGGGGCAGCAGUACCCGUUACCAGCAGAGCUGUGAAGCUCAAGAGGUGUUAUGAACUGAAGUCACAUAAAGAUACACAGCCAAAAGAUAGCAAGUCAUGCACAGCAACCCCACUUUAUGCAAAAGAACUGCAUGUUGAGGUCAUUACAUCACCUGCCUACAGCUCCAGUGGAGUCUUUGAUAAUAUCCUGUAUGAGCACUUUAGCACACCCAGGUUGGUCCAGUUAGGUGAUGUUUUGUGCGUGCCCAGUGAGGGACGAGCAGAGUUCCUGGAGACUCAUACAGAUGGAUUUACAAGUUGGCCGAUGCUGUAUUUUAAGGUAAAGAAGGUUUUCGGCAUAGGUGAGGAGGAUGGAGGUACAAGUUCCAUUGGUUACUUGGCUGACAAAGAUCACUCUUCUCUCUACCUGACAGGCUCCACAAACAGCUAUGUUCCAUGUGCCUUCUUGGGAGAUGGGCAUACAUUCUGGACCAGCUUGUCUCCUCCAGGGCUUUCUAACACAGUGGAGCAGCUUACCACUAUCAUACAGCCUUACGUUACAGACGGUUCUCCAGGGCUGGGUGGACCGUGCAGUGUCCUAGUACAGGGACUGAGGGGCAGUGGGAAGGUUACAGCUAUCAGAGCAGCGUGCAGGAGACUGAACCUUCACCUGCUCAAGGUAGACUGUGUGAAUCUCUGUGGUGAUACAACUGCGGCUACUGAGGCCAAGCUGCAGGCUGCCUUCUCACGGGCUGAUCUCUACAAGCCCUGCGUGCUCCUGCUGAGAAAUAUCCAGAUCAUUGGGAGGCACCGAGACGGGCUGGGGGAAGACUCCCGAGUCACCUGUACUCUGAGACAGCUCCUCGCCAACACUGCUAAACAACCCAGCAUCUACCCUGCUGUAGUCAUUGGCACAGUGUGUAACCCUCAGGAGCUAUUUCCAGAUGUAGUGACAGCAUUUCUCCAUGAGGUGGCUCUAGAGAGUCCUUCAGAAGAGCAGAGAAAGGCAAUGCUGGUCAGCCUUGCUGCAGCCAUAUCUCUGGGAAAAGAUGUCAAUCUGAGUAAAAUCGCCAAACAGACAGCAGGGUUGCUUCUGGGGGAUCUCUGCGCAUUACUAGCCUACGCUAGUAAAUCAGCCUUCAAACGAGUACUCAAUACUUGUUUUCCAGGUGGAAUAAGUUUACAAGAAGAGCAUGACCUCUGUGCUUCUGGAGUAUCUGUCCUUUCUGAGGAUUUUACCAGCUCCCUGGACCAGAUCCAGAAGGCGCAUUCACAGACCAUCGGAGCGCCUAAGAUCCCGUCUGUGAAGUGGCAGGAUGUGGGCGGCCUACAGCAGGUGAAGAAAGAGAUCCUGGAUACUAUCCAGCUGCCCCUGGAGCACCCUGAGCUGCUGUCUCUGGGCCUGAGGCGUUCUGGAUUGCUACUCUAUGGACCACCAGGCACUGGAAAAACACUGCUGGCUAAAGCAGUGGCAACAGAGUGUUCCAUGACAUUCCUUAGUGUAAAGGGGCCAGAACUGAUCAACAUGUAUGUGGGACAAAGUGAGGAAAAUGUUAGAGAAGUGUUUGCCAAGGCCAGGUCUGCAGCACCUUGUAUUAUUUUCUUUGAUGAGCUGGAUUCACUUGCUCCUAACAGAGGUCGCAGUGGAGACUCAGGAGGAGUCAUGGACAGAGUGGUAUCCCAGCUUCUGGCUGAGCUGGACGGGCUUCACUCCACAGGGGAGGUGUUUGUGAUUGGAGCCACAAACCGGCCGGACCUCCUGGAUCAAGCACUGCUCAGGCCUGGCAGAUUUGACAAAUUGCUGUAUGUGGGCAUCAAUGAAGAUAAGGAAUCCCAGCUACAGGUUCUUAAGGCGAUCACUAGAAAGUUCAAGGUGGAUUCGAGUGUCAGCCUCCCUGAUGUUAUUGAGAGAUGCCCUCCUCGGUUGUCGGGAGCAGAUAUCUAUGCACUCUGCUCAGACGCCAUGAUGUCAGCCAUAAAGCGGAAGAUCAGGAGAAUAGAUGAAGGUCUGGACACAGAGGACUCGGAUCUCCUACUAAUGGGGGAGGAUUUUCAGCAUGCACUAGAGAAACUACAGCCAUCCGUAUCGGACCAAGAACUACUGAAACACAAACUCAUCCAGCAGAAAUUCACAGCAAAAUAACAGGAACACAAUAAUGUGUUAUGCAUUGUAAAACCUGUCCCUAGUAAAAAGUGGUCAAGUUACCAUUCUCUGUACUGGUGACUAGUACAGCCAGUGAUGGCUCAAAUAAAUUAUUGGCUCUGGAAAAACUCUAGAAUUUAUAAAACAUAAAUGAAAGCAAGCUACAGCGUUAAUUUGUGAGGGUAAACUACUUGUUAUGUGCAUCACAUACAGAAUUAUUUCAUGCCUGUUCAAUACCACAACAGUGCAACGUUUACUUCACAAUGUUCAAUGUAGUUCAGUAGUGGUUCCCUUUUUCCAGGCUGACAUUCAAAGACUUAAUUUUUUUUUUGUAUCUGUAAAACAGAAAUUAAAACUACAGUGUUUGUUUCUGAAGGUUAACUACUCGGUUAGCUAUAAGGGGUAUCAAAGCAAAAUUAUUUUUUCACAGCUGUGGAAUACCACAAAACUGUACUUCACAAAAAAAAGGAAAACAAAUGCACACUGCAGUUCAGUACUGGUUCUCUGCACCAGCUUCUUAAAAAUGAAAUAUCCAUUUACAUUUACAAAAAAAUCAAGAAAAUAAUCCUCAAACCUACUGUAACAAAUAGCAGGUGAUCUUGUUAGAUUUACAGUAGGAUGUGUAGGCCAUCCACCAGUGUGCGAAAGGCACAGUCAUUGCAAACCUUUCAUUUUCUUUCAUUUUUCUUGUUUUAGAAUGUAAUCAUCAAUUUCUUAGUGAAAAUAAGAUGCUAGUACAAUAGAUUAAUAUGUCCAUGAAGGUUUGCCAACAAAAGAGAAGGUGGAAAAGGCUCAUUCAGUUGAGCAGUGAGGCACUCCACACUAGACUACACACAGUGCUGGCACCAUUCACACCCAUUCGCUCUAGAAACACAAAUUUUAAUAACAUCAUUUACAUACAUUCCUAUACUAAAAUCUUUGCCAAUACAGGGAAAUUAAUGUAUCUAUAUGUAAAUAAUUUACAAUCACACUCAUUGUUUU